AUGCUCCCCAGAGUUCCGUUCCUCUCCAACUUUCUCUUCAUCGUCGUCCUUGUGGUCUCUCUGUCUAUCCCUUGCAGGUCUGAUGGGUUUGCAGAGAAGGAAAAAACAUUAGCAAUAAUAAAGCCAGAUGGGUUGUAUGAUAACUGCACUGAUAAAAUAAAGAAUGCUAUCUUUGAUUCGGGUUUUACAAUCGUCAAGGAAAUGCUCAUUCAACUUGAUGAGGAGGCUGCAAUGAGCUUCUAUGCCGAGCAUUCUUCGAGGAGCUUCUUUUCUAGCCUAGUCGAGUACAUGACGAGUGGACCAGUAUUGAUUAUGGUUUUGGAGAAGGAAAACGCUGUUGCUGAUUGGCGUGCUUUAAUUGGCCCAACUGAUGCGAGUAAAGCAAAGAUUACUCAUCCUAACAGAACUGCUCACAACAUAUCAAGAGUGGGAGGUUCUGUGGAUAAGCAAGAAAAGGUUUUGUUCCUGAAAGCUAAUAAAUUCUUGUGGCAUGGACCAACUACUUGGAGAGCCUAUAUCAGAAGGUUAUCCAACUGGUUUUGA